CUGUUGUACUGUUCCGAACUCAACAGGACUCGGUUUCUCCGGAGGAUGAUUGAAGCUGAUAGGCCGGAUUGGAUCUCUUUUACUGGUUGAUGCAGCUGAAUCUCUUCUUCAGGCCAUUGGUCCUGCCAUUGAUUUUGGAAUUCCAUUUGCCGCUGUUUUGGGAAACCAUGAUCAGUAAUCCACUUUGACCUGUGAAUAAAUCUUGUUGGGAAACAUCAGAGUCAAUUUGAAACAAGAAGCCGAAAAAAAAAGGAAAUUAUGGAUUUUCUGAAUGUUUCUAAUGCAUUCUACAUUUGUGUUAAGUGGUCACAUAUCACAUGGAGGCUGUGGCGAACAAUUUCCACCGAUGUGGGAGUGAGCACCAGAUUAAAAAAAACGUGCGUCUGAAAGCUUCAGCUCUGGUUGUUCUCUCCUCUGUCCCCCCAGGCCACGUCAUAUCACAUUGUGACACACGCCCACACUCUCUCCAUGUGUUAUAUAUAUAUGUAUAUAUGCCCAAGUAGAUAGAUAGAGAGAGACAUCCACUCUUAAUUCUUACCGGAGAAAGAAACAUCAGUUGAAGCAUCCGAAAUGGAGAAUAUCGACGAAGAAUGCAAUAAUUACUGGGAAUCUACAACCUUCUUCCAAAACGAAGAACUUGAAUACAACAGCUGGCCACUGGAUGAGGCGGUCUACGGAUCGUACGACUCGAGUUCUCCGGAAGGAGCAGCGUCUUCUCCGGCAUCUAAGAAUAUUCUGUCCGAGAGGAACAGAAGACGUAAACUCAAUCAGAGGCUCUUCGCUCUCCGAUCAGUUGUGCCUAACAUCACUAAGAUGGACAAAGCAUCGAUAAUCAGAGAUGCUAUUGAUUAUAUACAAGAGCUGCAGAAAGAAGAGAAUAGACUCGAAAUCGAGGUCAGGGAACUCGAAUCUGUACGAUCGAAGAGGAGCCUGACAUUCGACAAGGAUUUCGAUGGCGAAUUACUGGUUCCAGUUACAGCCGAGAUGAACAAGCAGGUCGAUCAUGGUUCUACUCGUUCGAGAUCCUCCUCUCCCAUUGAAGUCCUCGAAUCGAAGGUGGCGUUCAUGGGGGAAAGUACAGUUGUAGUGAGCAUAACAUGCAACAAGAGGGCAGACACAAUGGUGAGACUCAGUGAGGUUUUCGAGACAUUGAAGCUCAAGAUCCUUGCGGUCAAUAUCGUGUCUUUUUCUGGCAUCCUUUUCCACACCGCCUUUGUCGAGGCGGAUGAAAGGGAAAAGGGGCGCUUGCGGGUGAAAAUAGACAGUGCAAUUGCGGCUUUUAAUGACUCCCAAAGACACAUAUUGCAGUAAUUUUAUGUAAAGAAUAUUUAUAGAUUCUGACAUAUAAUAACGCACUGAAUUUGAUCUCCCCAUACGCCCCAAAUCGACGCGUGGGACCCAAUAGAUUUGGUUUCGCUUUAAAGGGGAAUCACAAAUAACUAUUUAGAUUUAAAAAUCAACCUAAAUAUUAAUUGGCCAACGGAUAACAACAAGGCCUAAGUUCGGGAUUCAACAAGGACCAAGUUCCAACACUAUGGGAGGGAGACGAUGAAGACAUUACAAGACCACAGAGAGACGUGUAAAAACUAAUCGACACUAGAUUUACUUUACACAUUCACCUACAUCACUGUUCUCAUGUUCUUAUAGUCUCAUCUUCAGAAAAAAAAAAA